GGCACUGUAUAAACAGAUUGCCGAAAACAGAGAGAAAAACUAACGAUACAGACAGGUAUACGUUCGUUGUGGGGCUGCAAUUCAUCAGCAAGUAUGGAGUUUACAAGGCGCUACCUGCCUAUGGAAUGGGAAGAACGGUGGAGAAAAGAGAAGGAGCGAAGGAAAAAAGUGAUAGAUGAAGGAGGGGAAGAGUUUGAAAGGGAGAGCAGGAGACUAACAUGGAUUAGGGCGUACAAUGACAGCAGAAUGGGGAUGAAGGAAAACAAGGUCAAUAAGAACGAGAGAGGGAUUCAGGAAACAGAGAACAAGUGGAAUGACGAGAUAGAGACAAAGAAGUUCACAAAAGAUUCUUACCCAACUGAAAUCUUCAAAGCCAUGGAGAAACUGAGGUGUUGCUCAGUCCUUACUGACCUGAUCCUAAGUGUUGAGCAUGGAUUUGUUGUUCAUGCUCACUCAGUGGUCCUGGCUGCUGUAAGUACCCGCAUCCAACAGAUGCUCCAACAGAGGAACGAAAAGAACGAGAGUGAGAUAUGUCUACAUCUGGGUCCAGAGGUAUGUUAUGUGGGCUUAUCUGCAGUGCUGGAAUUUGCCUACUCUGGAAAGAUAGCUGGUCUGAACAAUAACUCCUUAGCGCAGAUUCAGGCAGCUGCUUUACAUCUGGGAGUUUCAAGGGUUCUAGAGCUCUGCAAAAAAGAAGAAGAGGGGGAGAGUAAGAAAAAUGAAGAGAAGGAAAUGAAAAAAAUGAAUGGCAAAGAACACAGAAAGCUUAACCUUCAGUCCAUUAGGCAGCUGUGGGCAGAGAAGGUGGGCUGUGAUGUGGAGCUGGAAGCUCAAGGAAGAAAAUUUCAUGCACACAGGGUGAUUCUGAGUGCCAGCAGUGACUAUUUCCAUGCAAUGUUCAGCAGUGGUAUGAAGGAGACCCACCAGACCUCAGUGUCCCUGCUAUUAGUAGGGGCACCUGAACUUGAAGCACUUCUUCAUUGCUGCUACAGUGGACAUCUGUUUCUUGACUGGGGAUGCAUUUUUGAGCUCACCAUCGCUGCUCUACAGUUUCAAUUCCAACCAGCACUCUCGCUCUGCCUUAGCUACCUGGAACAGCAAAUGGAUGUCCACAACUGCUUGGAUGUGGCUGCCUUUGCUGAAGCGUACAUGCUUGGUGACUUGUUUGAAACAGCUGAAGACUUCAUCCUCAUGCACUUCCAGGAAGUUAUGGCUACUCCAAUGUUCUUGGAAUUGCCAGCAGAGAAGCUUUUAAACCUUCUAAGACGCGAUGCCUUGUGUGUUCCAUCGGAGCUGUCUGUCUUCCGAGCAGUGGUGGCAUGGAUUGAGGCAGAUCCAGAGCAAAGGCUUUCUCAAGCCCAGGAAGUAAUGACAGGAGUGCGGUUUCCUCUCAUGACCUUCCGAGAGUUUCGAGAGGUCCGAGCCGUUAACCUGCAAAUGGAGUGUCGUGGCAAUGAAGAUGUAUAUCUAUACCACACAGCACUAAAAGAAUUUGGAUUUGGAGACUCCAGCCAAGUAGUUCAGCAUCGUAUACGUUACCCCAAAGAUGUUCUUGUUGUUGUUGGAGGAGAUCAGUUAAAUCCAGACGACGGCCAACGGCUUCCUAGCAAACAGCUGUGGUUUGCUAACUCCAUGCGGAGCGGUACAGGAUUGGUCAAGGAUAUGGAGUGGAGGAUGUUGGGUGAAAUGCCAUCGAGAGCAAGAUUCAGGCAUGGAAUUAGCAUACUAGAUGGGAAACUGUAUGUAGCAGGAGGUUGCCAUUACUAUUCUAAGACAGACACAAUGAAAUCUGCAUACAGGUAUGACCCUAUAAACAACUCAUGGAAGAGACUGUCAGAUAUGCAAGAGCACAGGAGUAACUUUACUAUGGUGGUGAGAGAGGAUAGUCUGUAUGCAAUUGGAGGAGACAAGGACAUCAGCACUAAUUUGGACAGUGUUGAAAAAUACUCAGUGGAAACAGACACAUGGAGCUUGGCACAUUCACUGGACCAGCCUCUGAGUGGCCAUGCAGCUGUUGUUUGGGAAGGAGAGAUUUUUAUCUCAGGAGGUUUUAAUUUAAAGUACCAGUGCCUGGUGUCCAUGUUUCUCUACCAUCCCGAGCGUGGCACGACAUAUCUUUCGGACAUGGCCCAUGAUCGAGCUCAGCACUGCAUGGAAAGCUUGGCCAAGUGCUUCUACGUAGCUGGAGGAGUGUGUAACCUGCGAGAGUUCUACACAGAUCAGUUGUCCUGUGAAAGCUAUGACCCUAGAAGUGAUAUGUGGACUGCAUUUACGCCUCUUCCGCUGUGCCAUGUUGGAGCAGCCUCAGCUGUCCUGGAGGGAAAGUUGUAUGUGUUGGGUGGUUAUUCUCAGGAAGAUUACAGUGAGGCCAGAUUGGUACAUCGCUAUGACCCUGGAAAUAAGAGAUGGGAGAAUAUGGGCAAGAUGGCCGGCCCUGUCACAGACAUUCGGGCUUGUUUACUCCAUUUACCUGUUCAGUUGAGAAGGUCAGAUAGACUGAAAGCUAUGUAAAAGCCAUAUUUAAUCCCACUGACAUUUGUGGUGUUAAAAGGUAUCUUUUUUCAUGAUGUCACCUAUUAUAAAUAUAAUAAGACACCUAGAACUGCUUCCCAAACCUCAGGGAGCCUCCCGAUGUAAGUUUUAUGUAAUGGAGACUAAAAUGAGCUUAGGACAUACUAUAUGGACAAAAGUUCAUUGGCACCUGACCAUAAAAUUCAUAUCAGUUAUACACAUCCCAUUUAAC